AUGGCAUCAACUAUUCUUGCUAUUGUUGAAUAUGGUGCUCAAAAGCAACGAAUGUCACUUGAUCCUCAUAGUUCAUAUCAGGAUAUAUGCAAUCAAAUUUAUUCACUUUUUAAGCUUGAUCCUAUCAAUUCAAAGUAUAGUCUUCAACGACAAGAUUCUCUUAAAUUCGGAUCAUUUAUUAAUAUUGAUGAACGAACAUUUCAAAACGAAUUGAAACAGUAUGCUAUAAAGAAUAAGCAAAAUCCUGUUUUACGCCUUCGACUUACACCAGCUAUUUCGAAAAAUACGUCAAAGCCAGUAAAUGGAGUUCUCAACGGUGAAAAGGCCUGGUCAACAUCAUCAUCACAAUGCCAACAUGAUGAAAGUGAUCGUGCUAGUACUAAUUCAGCGGCAACAAUUGAUAUUAAACAAUUGAUUAGAAAAUGUUUAACAAAUUUGAAAGAAACGACAGAAAAUAUUCAACUACUUGAUCGUUAUUUUCAUCCAGAAGAUUACAUUGAUGAUGAGUGCCAAUUAACAAAUAAGUCGUCCACAAACAUACAACAAGCAGCAUUACCAGUAAAUACUUCGAUGAAUCGCGAAAUAUUACAAGCAGCAUCUAUAUCUGAAUCUCGUAUAACGACAUCCAACAUUAUCGAUGAACUUAUACCUGGUCUUAAUCAUUUGAUGAGUACACAACAAACAUUAUUAUCAGCAUCAUCAUUAAUUACUACUGAUAAACCUGUUGAAUCAUCGCCAAUACCUCCACAAACAACAGUCAACUAUCACACACAAGCACCAGUUAAUAACCAAAUACUAACAUCAGUACCAAAUAGUACAAAUGUACAAACACGUUCUUCAAAUAAGUCUUUUAGCAAUCGACUCGGUGUGAUGAUUCAACCGAAUCAAACACAAAAUUCAGUUGUUCAAGAACCAAAAUCAGUAUCGCCAUGCCAUCAAUAUAUACCACAAAAAACGAAAUCCCCAUGCAUUGUCAAACAAUCGAUAGUUAUGUCGCAUGAAAAACAUCAAAAUGAAAUAUCUUCCCAUACGAUCGUUCCACCACCACCACCACAGCCACCAAAACUCAAAUAUAAAAUUGAAUUAAAGCAAUAUGAAUUUGGUGCGGCUCUUGAAGGCAUCGUGUCGGUUGCAUCAAAUGCUUCUUAUUUCUUUUUACAAUUGAUCGAUGAAAGGAAAGAUGAAUUCGAUCAUUUAUCAAAAAGUUUACACGAAUACUAUUCCAAUCUUGAUAAAAAUUCUAAUUAUCGUCCAUCGCCCGGUGAUUAUUGUGUUGCUAUGUACACUGAAGAUGCCCGAUGGUAUCGAGCUCGUAUAAUACGUUAUAUUUCAGAUCAAACAUGUGAAGUAUUCUAUGUUGACUAUGGUAAUAUGGAAGAAUUACCGAUUGAGUUUUUGCAUGAAAUUUUACCUGAUUUUGUUCGACUACCUGCACGUUCUAUUGCAUGUACCAUUACGGAAAUAUUACCACCGAUUGGCCAAGAAGGUUGGACAAAACGUGCGACAUUUGCAUUUGCUUCACGUUGUAGUAAUGAACGUGUUCAAGCAACAGUUGUGGAGUCAACAAAUAUGAAAUGGCCAAUGCAUUUAGUUCAACUUCGAGUAUCCAAAACACAAGAGGAUAUUGGAACAUCACUUGAAACUUGUAAACUAGCUCGACAUGUAUCGAACCAUGAAAUAUGCGAUUUUUGGUCGAAUAAAAUUCGUCUCGAACAAUACAUAUUAUACAAUUUACCAGAACCAAAUCCAGAUCGAUUUCCAUUCAUUGAGCAAGGUACAUCUUCUUAUUUCCAUUAUAUGACUACUAAUCCAAUACCUGUAAAAAAUGAAAAAGAACAACAUCCAAAUCCAUUUCUAUCAUCAUCACUUCAACGAACUCCAUCUACUGAUCGUUCAACAAAAGAAGAAACAACGCCUGCUUUAGAAGAAGUAAAACCGUUACAAGAAAAUAAUAAUCAAACAACGUCUAGUAUUAUAUCAAAUAAUGAACCUAAUGAAAUUGAAUUGAAUAAACAAUCAACACUCGAUGUUUCCAAAGAAAAGAAAGAAGAACAUGAACAAUUCGAUGGUACGACGACUCCAUCGUCUAGUCUUAAUCCAGAUGCAACUCCUUUCGUGAUUUUUUCGACAUCAAAAACCGAUACUAAUCAAUCGACAUCUACCGGAAAUGAAAGUGAUGAUGAAAUCGAUUCAAAUGAAACUCCGGCUAUGAGUGAUUCAUCUGAACGUCCACGCAUGCCAAUUAAAGAAGAAGUUAUUGUCGAUACAAAUCUAACACCAUCAACACCUCUACUUAAAUCUUGGUUACCAAUAGAAGUAACACAUAUUGAAACGCCGACACGUUUCUAUAUUCGUUAUAUAUAUGGUCCUAGCUGGAAUUUAGGCAAUGGAUCCACACCUGAAUUAACUAAUAAGAAGGAAGAGCCAGAAAAAAAUGUUGUAUUAAAAGAAUUAACACAGGAAAUGACGCUAUGUUAUAGCAAACAUAAACGCAUCUGUCCAGGCGAUAGCUAUGACGAAGGUGAAUUAGUUGCUGUUAAAUUUCGUUCACAAUGGCACCGUGGACGUUUUAUACAAUAUAAACCUAAUAUUGAUUUUGCCCAUAUAUUCUUUGUUGAUUAUGGUUAUACACGUUCAGUACCUAUUUCAAUGAUUCGACCAAUUAAUAAUCGUUUUGUGUUACAUGCUGAACAAGCUCAUUUAGUUCAUUUACAUCAACCUGAUCAACGGCGAGGUCGAAAAGAAUGGGAUACAAAAGUUAUUGAAGAAUUUCAAGAAAUGACUAAAGAUGGUACAAAUUUAUAUUCAAGGAUUGUCAGUGAAGCAAAUACUAUUGAACUCAUGUCUUAUGAUCCAUUAACAAAAAAAUGGUUUUCAUUUUAUGAACAUUUUGUCAAGCAUCUAAAUCAUUGUGAUAACAUAGAACUGAGCAGCUGA